UAAGCAAUACAUAUCGAUCACUUACCAUUCAACAAACAAAACGUAUUUGUUUCCAAAAGAAAAUAAUUGUCAUGAGUCGAAACAAGUCUUAUUGGUUUGGUGUUACCAUCUAUUUCUUAGUUUCUUGUCACCCUUUUAUAAACACCUUUGCUUCUCCCACACAGUCCUUGUGCCGCAACGACCAAAGGGAUGCUCUUUUAGAGCUAAAAGAAGAGUUAUCAAUCCAUUCCAGAAACAGCGCUCCUGUACCAACAAUUUCAUGGAACAAGCGCGUCGACUGCUGUUCUUGGAAGGGUGUGAAGUGUAAUGCUAUCUCCGGAGAGGUGAUAUCACUAAAACUUGGUGACCCCUCUACAUUCAACAGCUCUUGGAAAUCUAGCAGUGGUCUUUUUAAACUCCAAAAUCUUCUUCACCUAGAUCUUUCAUCUUUAGGUCUCCAAGGGGAGAUUCCUUCUUCCAUUGGAAAUCUUUCUCAUCUCACAUAUCUUGAUCUUUCUUUCAAUCAAUUAGUUGGUGAAGUUCCGGCUUCAAUCGGUAACCUAAACCAACUAGGAUACAUGGAUCUUUCAGAUAAUAAUCUCAAAGGUAAUAUUCCUACUUCAUUUGCCAACUUAUCCAAGCUUUCUGAAUUGCACCUCCGUGAAAAUCAAUUCACGGGUGGCGAUAUAGUAUUAGCCAACUUAACCAGCUUAUCCAUUAUAGUCCUCUCCUUCAAUUACUUCAAAUCCGCCAUUUCUGCUGACCUUAGUGGACUCCACAACUUAGAGCGAUUUUGGGUGUAUAACAACUCAUUUUUCGGACCUUUUCCCUCAUUCUUGCUCACGAUUCCUUCGUUAGUCGAUAUUGAUUUAAGUGAAAACCAAUUCGAGGGACCUAUUGAUUUUGGGAAUACCUCUUCAUCAUCUAAGUUGACAGAGUUAGAUCUCAGCCAUAACAAUUUCGGAGGACGAGUCCCUAGUUCUAUAUCAAAAUUAGUCAAUCUCGCUAACUUAGAUCUUAGCCACAACAAUUUAGGAGGGCAAGUCCCUAGCUAUAUAUCAAAAUUACGCAAUCUCUUAUCUUUAGAUCUCAGCCAUAACAAUUUCGGAGGACGAGUCCCUAGCUCUAUAUCAAAAUUAGUCAACCUCAGUUCCCUUGAUCUUUCCUACAACAAGUUGGAAGGGCAAGUACCUCAAUGUAUAUGGAGAUCUUCUAAGUUGAAUUCAGUGGACCUUUCUUAUAAUUCUUUCAGCAGUUUCGGCAUAAUUCUAGAACCCACAAAGGACCAAUUAGUAAGAGACUGGGAUCUUAGUUCAAAUUCACUCCAAGGACCAAUUCCCCAAUGGAUCUGCAACUUCAGAUAUUUUUCCUUCUUAGAUUUUUCCAACAACCAUCUCAAUGGCUCAAUUCCACAAUGUUUGAAGAAUUCCACUGAUUUCAACAUGUUAAAUCUGCGAAACAACAGUCUAAGUGGAUUUAUGCCAGAUUUAUGCAUCGAUGGCUCACAGUUGCGAUCACUUGAUGUCAGCCUCAACAAUUUCGUGGGGAAACUUCCAAAAUCUUUGAUCAACUGCGAGUGGAUGGAGUUUCUAAAUGUGAGAGGAAACAAGAUCAAAGACACGUUUCCGUUUUGGUUGGGAUCUCUACAAUACCUAAAGGUUCUUGUGCUCCGAUCAAAUACAUUCUACGGUCCAGUCUACAAGCCAUCCGCCUAUUUAGGCUUUCCAAGCCUGAGGAUCAUGGACAUAUCCAAUAACAACUUCGUUGGAUCGUUACCACAAGACUAUUUUGUCAAUUGGACUGAAAUGUCAUUGGUAUGGCGACGGCCUAUGCUCACACUCGGUUACAAACCACAUCUAACUAUACCAGGAUCAAGCUACAUGGGGGAUGGUUCCAACAAGCAUCAAGAUUCUAUUGAUUUGGUAUAUAAAGGAGUAGACACAGAUUUCGUACUAAUCUUUCAAGCCUUCAAAGCCAUUGAUUUUUCUGGAAACCGAUUCUCCGGAUACAUUCCUGAAUCCAUUGGUCUAUUGAGCGAAUUGCGUCUUCUCAACUUAUCAGGCAACACAUUCACUGGCAAUAUCCCACCGUCAUUGGCAAAUAUUUCAAAGCUCGAGACGUUAGACCUAUCGCGAAACAACUUGUCAGGUGAAAUUCCUCGAGGUCUCGGGAAACUCUCGUUUCUCUCCAACAUCAACUUCUCCCACAAUCAUCUUGAGGGAUUGGUGCCUAGGAGCACACAGUUUGGAACUCAAACUUGUUCUUCAUUCAUGGGUAACCCCGGACUCUAUGGCCUCGAGGAAAUUUGUCGAGAAAGCCAUCAUGUCCCCGUUCCUACUACAUCUCAGCAACACGAGGAAUCUUUGUCAGAAACGAAAGAGCCAGUGCUGAACUGGAUAGCAGCCGCGAUAGCGUUUGGACCUGGUGUGUUUUGUGGAUUAGUGAUCGGGCAUAUAUUUACUUCAUACAAGCAUGAGUGGUUUAUUAUAUCUCGUUAAGCCCAUCUCUCUCGCGGUUUCGUCAAGUUUGUACUCCCGUAAUUAGUUCGCCAGGUGUUUAUUCUUUUCACUUCGUAUCGUGGUUGUCUUAUAAACAGUGUCAAUGUUAUAAACUUUAAUGUUCUCACCAUUUUAUGUAAUAUGGUCCAUGUUGGUUGCAUAUGUUUGUCAGUUAUAAAGCGUUAACAAAGUGUCUUGAAAA